AUGGAAGCUAGCGGACAAACUGCUCAGAAGAUCGAAAGGAUUCAAACUUCUGGCCUUCAGAAAUGUAUCACCAAACUGGUACAAAGAAGAGGACUGGACCAAGGUUCAGGGCUGGAUAGAAGAACUGAACGGGAUCUGUUACCGAUCCCGACCACAUAUGAAAUCCGUAGAACACCGAUCCCCAAAACAGACGGGACGAUGCGUUAUAUCAACGACCCAGGGGUUCCCUGGAGAUGCUACCUAUUCCUGUGGAAUAUAAUGAUGGUGUAUUUCCUGAACCCGGGGAUCAACAAGCGGCAACACGUGGCGAAUCUUGGAAUUAUAUAUGAUAUAACAUAUAUGUAA